AUGAACCGGAAGAGGAAGCGAGGGGGUAAGGUGCCGAUCGGGUGCGUGAGCCUGUGCGACGUUUUGAACGAGCUGGCCAGCUUCGAGAGCUCCGAGCCGUUCGUGCCCAAGAGCGAGGGCGUGGAGGAGGGUUACCUCGAAGACGAAGAGGACGAGGAGAAUGAGAGCGACUACCUGGAGGAGGUCGAGGCGGGCCGCAGGAAGAGGCUGCAGCCGAAAAAGAAGGUGAAGAAGUCGAAGACCACGACAAAGGCCCCGAGCGACAGUCGGAUGAGGGAGGAAGGCGGCGAUCUCGUGGACCGCACUCCAGCAUCGUCAGCCACCGCCAAGUGA